CAAAAAUAGUAGUAGUUUAAGAAAUGAAGUCUGUUUUCUUCAUUAUUGUCCUCGUUUCUAUCUUUGUUUCUAUGGCUAGUGCAAUUCCAGGCACUGCCACGUUUUACCAGCAAUAUACACCAUCUGCAUGUUAUGGGAGCACCCCUGAGGGAGUGAUGAUUGCUGCAGCAAGUGACCCUUUGUGGGACGGUGGAGCUAUUUGCGGAAAGAUGUUCACAGUUAAAUGCACUGGUGCCACAAACCCAGUCCCUCACCGAUGCUAUGAAGGUAAAACAGUCACCGUUAAAAUUGUUGAUCAUUGCCCCGGUUGUGGCGGAACCCUAGAUCUUUCCAAAGAAGCUUUUGAGUCCAUCGCCAACCCUGUCGCUGGAGUUAUCAAAAUUGAGUAUUGGUAGUUGAUUUCCUAACGGACGUCGAUAGAAUUGAUGCUUCAAUUAUUUCGUCUUUUAUUGUUUUUGGAUCAAUAAUAAGCUAUGAUAUUUUGAAAUCAAAGA